AGAUUAGGUUUUCUUUCCCUUUGUGUGUGGCAACACCUGCCCAGGGAGUCUGUGUGUAUCAAAAGAGCAACAAAAAGUGGGUUUAAUUGCAUGCAUCUUCAGUGGAGGCUUUCUGGCACUUACAGCACAAAAGGCCAUUACUGAGCUGUUUUCAAUGGAGACUAGGAGUGCAGGACUGAGAAGAACUCUCCACUAUUCUCACAGGCAAGCAAAUCACUUUACAGGAGCAUUGUCAUGUGGAAAUGAGUUCAUGAGCCCAUCUUCUUCCAACUGCAAGGUCAGGGAGAGAGCAAUUGUCAGUUUCAGCUGGCUGGAGCAAUUGAUCUGUUUGCUUGAAAAUGUUUGCUUACCUCCCUUCCCUGCUGUGCUAGUAUAUAGAUAUCUCUCUGUGUGUGUCUGUGCACAGGCAUGUGUACACUCCACCAUAUGCUGAAUGACUGAAGUUCAUAACUAUAUGUUAGCAGUUGCUUACCAUAUGACCAUUAGUGUGUCAUAGGGAUGUACAGUUUUUGUUAAAUCCAUUCCAUCUGCAUUUCACAGAUUGUGAGGUACUUUUCAAUCUCUCCUCCAUUCUCAUUGACAGUGUGUGUGUGUGUGGGGGGGGAAUUGUUACAAGUUCCUGAACUUCUUGCAUACAUGUGCUUUUUUGCAAAUCUCCACUGUUAAAAAUGCACAACCUCCUCCAGAAUGUGCAUUUGCAUGCUUUAGUAUGCGGGGAAAUGUGCUUCUUUUCUUUUUCUUUUCAACAGGAAUGUUUGUGCAAAAUUCUGAAAAGUAAAGUAGUGGUUCACAAGUCCACAGAAUCCAUGUGAUUCAGAAAGGGCUGGUAGACUGCAGAAUCUGGGGAAUCCUAGAAAUCUGAACUCAUUUAAAACCCAUGGCAGGUUCUCCAAUAUCCCUAGAGUGUUAUAAAUAACUAAUAGUACAGCAACCUUAAUUUAAUGCUAGUUAAAGCUCUUUUUGAAGAGGGAAAAUCAUCAAGGUCCCCCACACACAUCCCCAGUCAGGCUUUCAAAUAUGUUUUUGGAUCAUGGUCAAUACUGUCAGUUCCUGUGUUAGGUGUGUGUUCUUUCCCCACAUAUUUGCAUCUCUGAAGAAUUAUGGCUUCUCAUCUUAAGAUGAAAGGCUCAAACAGUGAUGCAGCUUUGGCUGGACUCUGGGGCCAAAGUCCAGGGCCCUGCAUUCCAGGAAGGCCUGAAUAACCACCCAGAAAAUGUCAGGUGAUGAAAGUCAAAGAAGCAAGUUCCAUGUUAUUCCUGUAGUCACGAUAAUACAAGGAUUUCAAUAUAUUUUAAAUGCAAAACUGCACAUGCUCUGUAUUUUAUUACUAUUUUUAUUAUGGAGGGCAAAUAGCUUUUUCAUUGUUCUAACACAGCAGGUGUGCAGAAGCAGUUGUAAAGCGUGGAAUAGUGGUGGUGAAGGAGGAGAGAGUCGCAUGCUUCACAACUUGAAGUAAUACAGCCAUUUAAAAGGGGGACAUAAUAAGAACUGCUCUCACUCUUUGGCCUCACAGGGCAUCCUGAAUUGUGCUGCUGGUCAAGACUUUUGUUCUAAGAUGAAAAGCUAUAUUCUUCAGAUAUUCAAAUAUGCGGAAAAAGAACAAACAAACAAGAAUCUAAAAUGACUAAGCUGCACCCCUGUCUCAAACCCAGGCAAACCAUUCUCCAGAUAGCUCAUGAUGUCCCAUGAUUGACCUUCACUCUGGUCUGGAAGAGUGAUGUGUUUAGGGAAGGGGAAAUGCUGUUCAUUUGUCCAACAGAAAAGAAGAAGCUGGUAAAGUCAGAAAGAACCAUGUGAUCUUAGCCAUUCAUCACUACCACAUUUUCUUGGUGUCAGGCAGCUUUAUAAUCGGACAGCAAGCUGUUAUGCAGCAGACAGUUGAAAUUGGGUUAGUCUGAUUAGAUGUGGGUGUUUUGGAGCUGGAGGCUGAACAUGCUCAGUAAGAUGAUAUGCUACCUCAGGGUGACAGAGAAAGGCAGAAAGCCUCUUUGUUAUGGAGCGGCAGCACCUUGCUGGAAGCAUGCUAGAAAGUAUCAGCAAUGCCUGCUAGAAACAAAAUAUAUGGGGCACAGCUUUCUGCAAUAUUUUUUUAAAAAAAAUUCAGAUUCUGUAACAAAAAGAAACAAAUACUGAGCAGCAUGUAGCUUGCUGCUUCUAGAAUUUAUACUGCUACUACUUAAACAGCCCCACAAUUUGGAUAGCUUUAAAGGGGAUGGGACAAAUUUAUGAAGGCAAAGCUAUCUGUGGCUACUAGUCCUGGUGGUUGUUUGUUACCUGCAGUAUCAGAGGCAGUGUGCCUAUGCACAGCUACUGUUUGCUUCUGUUCUUUAACCAGUUACUGAUCCAUGAGAGGACCAUGAUGCUAAGUUUGUUCAGGAACCUUUGGUGAAGGACUUCGUGAAAAGUGCUAGAAUACACUGCCUGAUGAAUUGUGAUGUAUCAUUCAACAAUUUGAAUAUGUCAGUUCUUGAUUUAGGAUACAGCCUGCCUCCUACUGACAGCUCAGGGCAGACAUCCAUAUUCAUCUGUAAACAUAAAAACAGAAAUUUAGAUAAAAUGAAUAGAGCCUAGCAAAUCUUAGAACACUACCUUAUAUAUCAGGUGCUUUUAGGCAUCCAAGGAAAUAAACUUGUACCAGAUUGGGGAAGCGAGAUAGAAGAGAAGCACUUCAUUCCCCAAAGCCAAGAAAUUAUAUUAUUUAUGAGUGAACAUAAUGUCUUACAGAAUAGCACCAACAGAAAACUGGUAUCUUUCUCGAAGUGCUUAAAAUCUAAAUUAAGGCCACAGCUUUUGCAGGUGGGCAAAGAGAGAAAACAGAAUGAAGGCAAUGAGAACAAUGGUGUGAACCCUCUACCUUUUUCCAAAAGUUCAAAGUAAGUUGUUGCCAACUUAAUUUGCACAUAUGUUAUAAGAAUCAUGAGAACAAUUGGGAUAAAAACUGUUUGGCAUUCUGAAUUGUUUCCUUCUCUUAUAUUUCGUAUUUGAAAGUGUCCAAAUUUGGCCAAAUGCACAUAUUUCUAAUUAUGUAGUAUUUUCUAAGCCCCAUAAUUCAGGAUACUCCAUUAUUCAGCCCCAUAAUUCAGGAUACUUGCUCAUUUUCCAGACAUUCACACACCACUCACCACUCACCAGGAGACCAUUCUUUUCCUACAUUCCAUGUUGUAUAUUUGGGAAACAAACAGGCUCAAAGUAUUAUCGUGGCAUUUUAAUUCCAUUCUUCUUUGGCAUAUAUGCUUCCCUCUUUUAUACUCACAACACCCUGAGCUAAGUUAGGCCAACCAGUCUAGAUUUUACUGAAGAGAAAGGUAUUUAAAAAUAAAAUUACUAAAAUAAAAGACAAUAGUAACAGGCUCAAGCUUACAGUAAGUUUCACAACUGAGUGAAGAAUUGAACACAGGUUCCCAUGGUUAAAGUUCAGCGUGUUAUCUGUUACAGCACACUAGCUCUUACUACUGCUUUGACAGCUGCAUCUGUAAGUGUUUACUGAAUGAACCUGCAUUGUUUCACUUUCAAUGAACUUUUCUUUCCUGUACCAGAUUCACAUUUCUGGGGCUUGAAGUACCUGACAGCCCAGUUUUCUUUGUGGGAAGUAUGGUUGGGGCAGUAACCUUUCGUAAAACAUGUAUUCCUAUAUUGGCUUUGCUAGUGAUUAUUCAAAAGUAUGACUACUGAGGCAGCCAGUUGAACAAAAGCAUCCCAUGUACUCAUGUAAAUACUUCAGAUAAAAUAAAUAUCCUGAUGAACUUUUUUCCAGAGCAGUGUUUAAUCUUUGGCUAAACAUUUGAUAAAUAUUUUACAUUUUUUCCUAGUUGAUAUUAAAUAUAUGUGCUGUCAUGAAAGCUAGAAAUUAAACUAAUGCUUGAUUUAAAGCCUAAACAUCAGAUAAACUUGGCAGACUCCAGAGAUACUUGCGCAAGACGUGAGUUGUGUCCCUUUCCCCUUAGACUGUUUUCCAGCUGUCAUCAACACCAGACCAAGAUAUUUUAAGGUAAUUUAAUAUGCCUAAAAGCCAGUGUUUAAAAUGGAGCAGCUACUCAGUUGGUUCCUGGUCUAUUUUUCUGAUUUGCCUGCAGACACAGAUCACAGAACAAGGUUUAUACUUGGUUUGGAUACUGGUUGGAGAAUGAGAAAUAAGCUGUGGGCUUACACACUUUGCUUUCCCUUUGCAAGUAGAUUUCUUUCCUUGCCCCCUGGCUUCUACCGCAUCUUCUUCAUUCUCUAACAAUCAGCCCUUCUCCCAUCCACCUAUGAACCAAACAAAUGCAUACAAUAUUUUACUUUGAAUGUAAUAUAUGCAGGUAUUGAUGAAUGGGAGGCAAUUAAAGAGGAACUGAUUGAAUUUUGCAGCAGAAUCUGGAUAGGAAUUGGGAAAUUAAUUGAGGUGAUAUCCUGACCCAUCCUUGGCUGGCUUUGUAAUUUUCAAUAAAUAAAUACAUAAAUUUUAGGGAUGUGUGUAAGAGGACUUAUUUGGAAAAGUUUCCCAAACAUUGUUUCUUGUUUGUUUUUUCACUUCUGUUCACAGCCAUUGCAAAGUAAUUUAAAAUAGUUGAUGCACAAUUUAGCUAAUUAAAAAUUAUAUGGUUUUAUAGUUGAUUAACCAACUGAUAAAUUGCAGCCCUUGUAUUUGUACAAGCAGACAGUGUGACUAUGGCCAAGAUAACUAUAGUAUCAACUGAGGUAUUGUCAACUUGGUAAAUGUCUGUAAGUUUCUAUCCCUGAUCAGAUGUAGUCUGUAGGCUACCCAGUAUAGCCUUAAGGGACAAGAGCCUCCACGACUCUGGCUGCUCAUUUGCAUGAAAUAUUUCUUUAUAGGUGGUAAGGAUUUCAGUUCAAUUGCCAGUAUUAAAAUAUGAGUGGAAAGAAAUCUAGUAAUGUGGCUAAAGAUUAUUUUUCAAAGAACAGGUAAAAUAUAAAUGCCUUUGAAUUUUUGCCUUUUUGAGUGUUAUCCUUUAACAAAAAUUCUAAUAGAGACUCUAGAAUGAAAUUGCUAAAUUAGAAAUUAUCAAAGGUUGGAUUAUGUUGGGUUAGACCUGAUCUGAGAUAUUGGUGGGGUUUACAUGAUCAUGAGGAGAAGAAACCACAGUGGCAUCUUUUCCCUGCCACUGUGCAAGGCAGCCAUUCCUACGCAAUUAUGGUGUGUGGGUUGCUCUGUUGUCCAAGCCCAGUGGGGCAGCUUUCAGAGCAUGGCUUGUUGUAGGUUUCUGGGGUCGUGGUGAAGCCACGUCCUCCUGUGCACCUUGCUUGAUUUGGGCAACACAGCAAUGGAUGUGCUGUGAGGGUAGUUAGGUAAACUGUGCAGCGCACAGCUGUGUCUUAUUUUUCCUAUGAUCUUGCCACAAUAAAAAAUCUACUAGUCUUUAAUGUGCUACAAGUCUGCUGCUUUUGCUCAGCAGACCUUUUUUAGGAUUUGUAUGAUGAACACCUCACAGGAAGAAUGGAGCUCUUGGCUAAGAUUUUCUUGUAUAAAAUGCAUACCUUUGUUCCUAUCUGCUCAUGAAGAAUCAUACAAUGGGAUAUCAAGAGAGGAAAAGAGAGGAGAGUGAGGCUGUUGAUGAUAAUGUUACGGAGUCCUUUAUACUGAGCUGUCUUUACCCUCAGCAUGCAGUAUCAUUAUGUAGGGGUAAAGAAAGGAAGUUGCUCCUGCUGUUGCAAAGGAAUAAUUGUACAGAACUGGGAGUUACCAUGCAUAUUGGUUAGAAUGAAUUAAAUGAAGAACAUGGAUAUGUUGAUUGGACAGGUUUUGAAUGGAGGUGGUUUUUUGGGUAUAUUCCUGGUUUUUAGAUCAGUCUAAGGAGUCUAUGAUUUGUUUAGAAGGCCUUUAGAAAAAUCUAGUUCCUAAAGCGAAAAAGAAAACCCCUCUUAGUACUUAAUCAGAUCUUGAUGUGGGUUUUGGCAUCACUUUAAAGAAGAUGGUUUUGAUACUGUUGAUUAAAAACUUCUGGUAGAAUUUGACUCAGAAUGGUUGUGCUGUUUGGCAAGCACACAAGGGCUAUAUGCAGUUAAUGUAGUUAAAUAAAUUUUCUCUUUUGCUGUCUGUAAGCCUUUCAGAUUCCUCUGGUAUGAGUUAACAUUUGGAAUCAUAAAAAAUUUCUAGCAGUAUAGUCAAUAGUCAUCUGAGAGGAAAAUUACAAUGUGGUUGAACUUGUGCGGUGGGAAUCUGGACUCACAGAUAACUUUUUUUCCAAUCAUAUUUUAAAUUUAGGGAAGUCAUCUGAUAUUUCACCUUACUGUUUUCAUAUUUAACUAACUGGAAUAUUAGAUGAUGACUAUUCUGUAUCCACACAUUUUGGGAACUAUUUUCCUUACAUUUUGUUGGUUGGAAGCUGGUGUGUUGAAAUAUUAGUGAAUUUUCUGCUAUGAAUUGUGUGAAUUUUCUGUUGACCACUUUGGAAUGUCUUGGCUGUCAGUCUUUCCCUCCUUCUUUAGGACAGCCAAGACCUGCAUGCCACAUUAACAAACAUUCCUUUGCAGUUACCAGAACUGAAAGCAUCUCAUUUAGUUCCUUUGAGAGCCUAGUGGGUUGAAGAGCUCUUCUCAAGGACUGUCUUGAUUGCAUAAGAUGAUGAUCAAGUGUUGGUACCCCCUUUUUUCUGGAUCACCAUUUAUUUUGACUGCUGUCUCUCUAAGCAUGUGGAUCUGUGCUGUGGAGUAAUGCUCCAGGAUAGCGUCUAUGUACCUUAUACAAUACUGGUACAAAGGUGAAUGCCAUUUUGGUCUGUAUGUAUCCAUGAUCAUGGUCUCUAGUUCUAGCCUCCUGUAGUAAAGAUCCAGGAGAGAGUAACAGCAUAGAUUUUUCCUAUUACUUUUGUCCUGGUAAAAUAGCAGUUGAAAACUGGGUUUUCAGAGUUGGGGUAGGAAAAGAAACCACAGUUGGACCUUAUUUCCCCACCUGGGCCAAUUGCAUACUGCUUCACUUCCAUAAUUAUCCAUGCCAAAUGUGGGUUGCUGUGUCAUCCAAACCUGAUUGGGGGGGGAGGGGGGAAUGUUCUAAAGCACUUGAGAACCCUAGAAUAAGCAAGGUGGUUUGGAAGUCAUCUCUGUGGGUCUGGUCAAGCCAAGGCACCUCCCUUCAGAUUCAAGCAUGCUCAGAAUGGAACAAAACCACUUGUCAAGAAAUGAUAUACAGUUUAUGAAUACAAUGGUGAAAUACGGAUGCAAAACAUAAACUAGCAAACAAAAGAUUAUAGUCCCCUUAUUUGUGGCCAUUUGUUGUUGUUCCCUAAGUAGGUCAGGGAUGCUCCAUGGGCUUCCAGAAUUGCCUGAGUGAAUGACUCAUUAAUUCUUCUCUUCAAGCCAAGAACAAAAGAUAAUGCCUUUUGGCACAGAUUUUAUAAAGUUCUUUUCUCACCUUGUUUUGUAGGCUUUCAGUACAAACAGCUUUUAAUUUCAUUCCUGGGAGACAAGAAAGGACAAAGCUGCUACAAUAAAGCAACAGUUUUUGUUCUUACAGUAAGAGCAGGGCUUAUCUAUUUAUGUUUGCUGUUAUAACCUUGCAUUUCUUAUACAGAUGGUUGUUAAAUUUCCUUGGAGUUGUUUCAGUGCUUCCUUUAUCUUAAAGUUUCUACAUGGCUUUAAUAUUUAUAUAUUACUUUCCUCAAGAGUAUAUAGGCAUUUAUGUUACCUCAGUAAUAUAUAGAAAUCUGUAUGGUAGGAUUGAAUUAUUAUUCCUAAAUUGCAGAUGUGAUAACUGAGAUUGAGAACAAUUUGCUUAAGGGCUAAUGUAGACAUCUUGGCUGCAAGCCCAUCUGUUACAGUGUGGAUCGUGCAGCUUUCUCAUAAAUCAGGGGGGGAAUUAAGCACAAUUUGACAUGGGUGGAUAAGAUGUAUGCUCAACUUUCCUGCUACUCUUUCUCUGCUGCCAUUUAUUAUUUAAAAUAUUUAUAUGCCAUCCUGUCACGAAAGCCUCAGGACAGCUUACAUAUAUGAAAUAACAUAAAAUAUAACAUAAAUAUUUAUUUAUUCCCCUUCUUGUGGCUGCAGUGUGGAAAGUAGCCAUCACUGGGAGGAAACAUCUGAGAAGAAGCAUUUUUGUGUGGAAGUGUACUUUAUGGAAAAUUGAUAUGAUCUACAUUGUAGAUCACUUACUUCAUUGUCCACGUUCUUAGAUGGAAAUACACAGAGAAUUGUGUUUUUCACCUGGAAUAAUGAAGGAAAGAAGACAUUAUCUACAAUUUUACUUAAAUUGAUUGAGGUCUUGAAGGGAAGGGCUGCAUAAAUAUUUUAAUGCAGUGUGGUUUUGCUUUCGUAUUUGCUAAAAUGCAUUGGUGCUCUUUCUCACUCAGUUUGUGUCCAUUACACCAUCACAAAAUAAAGGGUGAAUAUUUUUGUUUCUUUGCUUUGAACUGUACCAUUUUCUGACACAAAAUAAUUUUCUGUUAAGUUUCUGAGCCAUUCUAGAUGUGUCUUAAGAUUGGGUCUGCUCAGCUGCAGCAUUUAUAUGUCAUGGGAAUGAAUAUAGACUAUUUUACCAUAGCAAGUUUAUAUAUAAUUUUCCCUAGAUUUGUGUUGUCUUUGUUAGUGAGGCAUUGUACUUUUUGUUCUUUUUCCCUAAGAGCACAAUCUUAUGCAAUUUUAUAAAGAAAGUAUAGACUGCUGGGUGGGGCAUGCUGGAUGCUAUAGGCCUUUUUCUGGCUAAACUUGCAUAGGCUUGUGUCUUAAAGCAAUGAAAUAUGAAUUGAUAUGUUGCAAUGUUGUUCAACGGCAAUUAAUGACCUUUUAAAUCAGAUUUGGUGGUGUGUUAUAUUUUGCAUGGAUAUCUGGCAGUUGACUGAUUUUUGCAAAGCCUACCUUUCCCAAAAAUACUAAACCAUAUUUUCUGGCAGAGAAAAUGUCCAAGAUGCAGCAUGAUAUUAAACCCCUUUUGCCAUCAGAUGAAGUAUCUCUCAGUUGCAGCCAAUCCUUGCUUAUUUGGCAAUAAAGGACUGGAAGGAAUGCAGUUACGUUACAGGGACAUGAGACUGAAAAGGGAGCAACCACUCUUUUCUCCAAAAGUUUAAUGAAUUUGCCCAUGGGUUUGAUAGUAGCUGAAAAGUCUGAGACAAUUUUGGAGUGGGUCUUAUGCUAGUCCAACUGAUUUGAAAGCAAAUUGAAUAUUUUACAUUCCGUUGAGUACUACAGUUCAUUCAGCUUGGAAUCAUUCUAAGCUGGCUAAAGAAUGCAGAAUGUGACUGUUCAACUGGAAGCAGCCUUCAUGCUGGGUAGAUAAUUUUCUUGAGCCCUGAAUAUAUUUUGGUUUUGGAGAGAGGGUACUGCUGCCAGUGGCUAUGACCUGUCUUUUGUGCUCAACAGUUUCAAGGAGGGUAAUGUGUGCAUUCUUGUAAGCAUUAUUGAAGCCUGAGCUUAGUGGUGUUCUAUUAAGAUGAAGUUUCCUUGCAAAGCUAAAUAUCCUUCUCCCUGUUUUAUUCUCCUUCUCACAGGAUUCCACCUGAGUGGCACAGUUACAGAGCCUGCUACUUCAGCAGAGCCAGAAAUGACCUAUAAAGUGGCCAUCAGCUUCGACCGAUGCAAAAUAACUUCCGUGACGUGUGGUUGUGGGAACAAGGACAUUUUUUACUGUGCUCAUGUUGUGGCACUCUCGCUGUACAGGAUACGAAAACCUGAUCAGGUCAAACUCCGUCUUCCUAUCUCAGAGACCCUUUUCCAAAUGAACAGGGACCAGCUCCAAAAGUUUGUUCAGUAUUUGAUCACAGCCCACCACACUGAAGUGCUCCCAACAGCUCAAAAACUGGCUGAUGAAAUUUUGUCCUCCAACUCUGAAAUCAAUCAAGUUCAUGGUGCACCAGACCCCACUGCAGGGGCCAGCAUUGAUGAUGAGAAUUGCUGGCAUUUGGAUGAGGAACAGGUGCGGGAGCAAGUGAAGCUGUUCCUCUCCCAAGGAGGGUACUAUGGCUCUGGGAAGCAACUCAAUUCCAUGUUUGCUAAGGUCCGUGAAAUGCUGCGCAUGAGAGAUUCCAAUGGGGCCAGGAUGUUGACACUAAUAACAGAGCAGUUUAUGGCAGACCCACGUCUUGCUCUUUGGAGACAGCAGGGAACAGGCAUGACAGACAAAUGCCGACAGCUCUGGGAUGAGCUGGGGGCGCUGUGGGUGUGCAUUGUGUUAAACCCACACUGCACGCUGGAAGAGAAGGCAUGCUGGCUGCGACAGCUCCGGAAGUGGGGAGAUAUGGAUGUUUGCCCGCUGGAGGAUGGGAAUUAUGGCAAUGAACUUCCCAACAUCACUAGUGCACUUACUCAGAGCUCCAGUCACAGGCAAAGCUCUUUAGCAAGGCCGAGACGCACAGUGUUCACUCGUGCCAUCGAAGGUUGUGAUCUGCACUGGCAGGAUAGUCACCUUCAGCGGAUAAUCAGCAGUGACUUCUAUAUUUCUCCCUCUUACCAAAGGGAUGGAGAGGGCCUUCUCUUCAACUCGCAGGGGCAGCCAUUGUGGCUGGAGCAUGUCCCUACAGCCUGUGCCCGUGUUGAUGCCCUUCGUUCACAUGGAUACCCCAAGGAAGCACUCCGUCUCACUGUAGCUAUAAUCAACACCCUGCGAUUGCAACAGCAGAGGCAGCUGGAGAUAUACAAGCAUCAGAAGAAAGAACUGCUGCAGAGAGGAGCGACCACUAUCACAAAUCUGGAAAGUUGGGUAGGGCAUCCGCUCAAUCCCAUUGGCUGCUUAUUUCUCACAUUGACCGAAGCAUGCCGAGUAGAAGACGAGAACUGCCUUGAAAUUUCAGAUGCUGGUGACCCGAAGCCUCCAGUGUAUCAACACGUGCCAGUGGCCAAUGGCACUCCUGAGAAUGGGGAAUCCUACCUCUCCCUAGCUCUGGAAGUAGCACUGAUGGGAAUGGGGCAGCAGCGGGUGAUGCCCGAGGGCCUUUAUGCUCAAGACAAAGUGUGGCGGAAUGAGGAGCAGAUUAUUGCCUGCCUGCAGGAGCUGGAGCUGGAUGCCGUGCUGGUGCAGACACUACGCAAGCAGUGCAUCCUGCUCCUGGAAGGUGGCCCCUUCAGUGGCCUUGGCGAGGUGAUCCACCGAGAAAGCGUGCCCAUGCACACCUUUGCCAAGUUCCUGUUCUCUGCCUUGCUGCCCCACGAUGCUGACCUAGCCUACAAACUGGCACUGCGUUCCAUGAGACUUCCUGUUCUGGAAACAACUCCUUCAAGUGAUGUCACACAUUCUCACCAUCUGGUUUCAGUGGUGCCUAGUAGGUACCCACGUUGGUUUACUCUGGGACACUUGGAAUCACAGCAGUGUGAGCUGGCUUCCACCAUGCUGACAGCAGCCAAAGGUGACAUGCUGCGUCUACGGACGGUCCUGGAAGCAAUUCAGAAAAACAUCCACUCUUCCUCCCUGAUCUUCAAACUGGCACAGGAUGCCUUCAAGAUUGCAACUCCUGCUGACAACAGCUCUGACACAACCCUGCUCAAUGUGGCACUGGAGCUUGGGUUGCAGGUGAUGCGCAUGACCCUAUCAACCUUGAACUGGAGACGGAGGGAAAUGGUGCGAUGGCUGGUGACCUGUGCGACAGAAGUGGGUGUUCGGGCCUUGGUCAGCAUACUGCAGAGUUGGUAUACCCUCUUCACCCCCACUGAAGCCACCAGCAUAGUAGCAGCGACAGUGAUGUCUCAUAACACCAUCUUGCGCCUCAGCCUGGACUAUCCGCAGCGAGAGGAGCUGGCCAGCUGUGCCCGUACACUGGCCCUCCAGUGUGCCAUGAAGGACCCGCAGAACUGUGCGCUCUCAGCCCUGACUCUGUGUGAGAAAGACCACAUCGCCUUUGAGACAGCCUACCAAAUUGUCAUAGAUGCUGCUUCCACGGGCAUGACUUACUCGCAGCUUUUCACCAUUGCACGGUACAUGGAGCACCGAGGGUACCCACUGCGGGCCUUCAAGCUAGCCUCGCUUGCCAUGACGCACCUCAACCUUGCCUAUAAUCAGGACACACACCCUGCCAUCAAUGAUGUGCUUUGGGCAUGUGCACUCAGCCACUCCCUGGGCAAGAAUGAGCUGGCAGCCAUUAUCCCGCUGGUGGUGAAGAGCGUUCACUGUGCCACUGUUCUGUCUGACAUCCUACGGCGCUGCACCAUGACAGCACCUGGUCUGGCAGGCAUUCCUGGCCGCAGGAACUCUGGGAAACUGAUGUCAACGGACAAAGCACCUUUGCGCCAACUGCUGGAUGCUACAAUAAGCGCUUACAUCAACACCACACACUCCCGGCUCACCCACAUCAGCCCUCGGCAUUACGGAGAAUUCAUAGAGUUUCUUAGCAAAGCUCGGGAAACUUUCCUGCUGGCUCAGGAUGGCCACAUCCAGUUUGCGCAGUUCAUAGACAACCUCAAGCAGAUCUACAAGGGCAAGAAGAAACUCAUGUUGCUAGUGAGAGAACGGUUUGGAUGAGCUGCUGCACGAGGAAACCCUGAUCCCUGUUGGUGGAAUUACGCUUACCAGGCAAGACUGAUGGAGUUUUCCAUUCAGAGAAGAUUGGACUGUAAACCAAAAGCAGCAUGGCAGGAAGGGUUUGCGUCCUACCUACCAUUCAUUUGCAAACACCUCGGCAAUACCAAAAGCUAACUAGGAAACUGAAUACCUCUUUCCCAAAGGGCAUGGCAAAUGGAGGCUGGAAAGCAAACCCCCACC